AUACAGACCGAACGGGACGCAUGGCAUGAGUGGUGGGACCCGGGGGUGUUUGUAAACUUAGAUGAGAAUGUACCUAGACACACACUACAUAUGUGUAAACAACAAGUAAAUUAAAUGAUACUCUAGCAAGAGUUUUCCCACCAUGAGUAAACGCAAUAAUAAACUAAAAAAUUCUGAAGAAAUUUGUCUAAAAGAAGGAGAGGAUUGGAAGACAAAGCAGGACCAAUGUGAGAAGAAAGAUAAACACCAUUUGUUCAAAAAUCCGAAACAGAUCCAAAUCGAUGAAAUUCUCACAAAUGGAUUUACAGCGACACCGAAAAUUAUCAAAUUUGUUUUGCUGUUAACAACCCUGACUGGUCGCAUCAAUAUUGGCGGAAUCAGAUUCGGAACUGGAUUUUUGGAGAAAAUUAGGAGGAAAACUGGUGUUCCAUGUCCUUGUCUCAAAUGUAAAACACGAACUGCCAAGACAGAGUGGGCAGUUUUUAGAGUGACCACUGUGUAUCACGUGGUUACGUCACAGUUGGAUGUAGAGAUUACUAAAUUUGAAUUGUUUUACGACGAAGAUUUUUUUUCUGAAGCGGAUUUCGCAAAAAAUGUCAAAGUGGCGUAUGGGGACAGGUUAUCUGAAACAGAGCGGGAUAAGGAAACAGACUGGUGCUUUAUUGAAUGUGUCACUCACAAGAUGAAACUUGUGGACAUGCUGGAAGAAACGAUCUCAGAAUUGGCAAAAUUGCAGGAAUCUUUUUAUAAAGAAUACAAAGAUAAACAAGUAAAGCCUGUGAUCAUAGUGUCUCAUCCUCACAGCGGUCCGAAACAGGUCAGUUUUGGGCAAGUUACAGAUGUGAAACCCCUCAAGGAGGUGAGAGAAAAUCAGAGUUGGUGUCAGUAUUUUUACGACACGGCCACCUGCCCGGGGAGCAGCGGUGCCUACGUGUGUAUCCUGGGCCAGGCUUUGUGUGGGACGGGCUACUGGUUCGGCCACCCACACAACCACUCAGGCCACAGCGAGGAGCAAUUCAUCAACUGCAGCUCUGUGGGUGUGGAGAGUCUUGUUGCUUAGCUGAACGGCUUGAU